AUGAAAUUGUCCAGUUUAUUAGUCCUAUCAGGUGCCUCUUUGGCCCUUGCAGCCCCAGCUGUCCACCAUAACGACCGUCACAACGAAAAGCGUGCCAUGGUUACCAUUACUGAAUUUGUCGACGAAAAUGGUGCCGUCGUUGUGCCAGCUCAACAACAAGCUACUGCCACUGUCGCUAACAACAACGAGAAGGUCGCUGCUGCUGCCACUACCACUGCUCCAACCACCACUUUGCAACCAACUACCUCCGCAAAGGCAGCUUCUUCCUCUUCCUCUUCCUCUUCCUCAGGUGACUUCCAAGAUGGUACCAUCGCUUGUUCAGAUUUCCCUUCUGCUCAAGGUGCUGUCUCCCUUGACUGGGUCGGUUUGAACGGUUGGGCCUCCAUCAUGAACAUGGACGGUCAAACUUCUUCCUCUUGUGAAGAUGGUUUCUACUGUUCUUAUGCCUGUGCCCCAGGUUACUCCAAGACUCAAUGGCCUUCUGAACAACCAGCCGAUGGUAGAUCCCUAGGUGGGUUGUACUGUAAGGAUGGCUUCUUAUACCGUUCCAAUACCGCCUUCAGCUCCCUUUGUGAACAAGAUAAAUCUUCCGCCUCUGCUCAAAAUAACGUUGGUCAAUCCAUCGCUAUGUGUAGAACUGAUUAUCCAGGUUCUGAAAGUAUGGUAAUCCCAACUUUAAUCGAAGCUGGCUCAUCUCAACCAAUCUCCAUCGUCGAUGAAGAUUCAUACUACCAAUGGCAAGGAAAGAAGACCUCCACUCAAUACUACGUUAACAACGCUGGUGUCUCCGUGGAAGAUGGUUGUAUCUGGGGUCAAGCAGGUUCCGGUGUAGGUAACUGGGCUCCUGUCGUCCUUGGUGCCGGUUACACUAACGGUAUCACUUACUUAUCCAUCAUUCCAAACCCAAACAACAACACUCCACCAAACUUCAACGUCAAGAUCGUCGCCACUGAAGGUUCUUCCGUCGUGGGCUCCUGUUCUUAUGAAAAUGGGGCUUACCCUGGCUCUGGUUCCGAUGGUUGUACCGUCUCUGUCACUUCUGGUUCUGCUCAAUUCGUCUUUUAUUAG